ACGGCUUCCACUUCCCAAGUCUUCCUCUCACCCCUCUUUGGUGCUUCUCGUCGUGGCUGUCCUUGGAUGGCCUAUCUCUUAUCUUGGAAUUGAUGCUUCCCCACGUCUAAUGGAGCUGUUACUGUAACUAUGUCUGUGCUCUGUUGAAUACAGUUCCCGGACAACCCGCACGACAGCUCCACGGUGGGCGAAAAAGAAAAAUUCAGGAAAAAGGGAAAGCCACGAUCCAGGCUCGCCUCCUUUUCAAUUCAAUGAGCUCGCCUUCAGGCCGCUGAAUCCUCAACCGUUCGAUCCUCACAUCGUCUAUCUUCUCCUUGAAACGCCAGCUCGACAGCUAGAGCGGCCGAAGCCCUGCCCAAUUGCAGUGAGAGACCCGGCACUUGCGCUCGGCGAAAUACCUCCCUCUUAGCUUGUCUUCGACCAGCUACGACUUAUUAUACUCAAUUGCAACACCCUCCUCAUGGUAUCCGUCACUAGUGGGGGCCCAGGGCUUGAAAGCCCGACCCUGUCCGACUCGCGAAACGCCGGUCCGGCCUUGUCGUCACGAUCUCCGGAACGCAAUGAACAUCGGAAACCUCAGGUACCAAAGGCAUUGGCUGGGGGCAGUGCGCAAGACAAUUAUAUACAAGGCUUGGAAACUGAAUUCAAAUUAAAGCAUCUAGGUGUGCUUGGUGUGCUAGGGUGGAUAUUGUUUUUGCAUGUUGUCGGGAUAUUCUUCUUUACUAAAGGAUUCCUGCUAACUCGCAUGGUUUUGGAGAACAAGUCAUCCUGCGACUCACUCCCCUUCGACGAGGCAGCGACUGUGAGCAAGAAAGUCGAUGGGUGUUGGCACCAGAAGUCGUUCGAGAAAGCCGUUGUGAUCAUCAUCGAUGCCCUACGCUACGACUUUACGGUACCCUUUGCUCCGAGCGCAAAGGCUGAGUCGGCACAACUGUUCCAUGACCACCUUCCCAUCUUAUAUGAGACAGCUGUCAAUACCCCCGAAAAUGCCUUCCUGCUUCCUUUUAUCGCGGAUCCGCCCACGACGACGCUGCAGAGAUUGAAGGGACUUACGACUGGAACACUUCCCACGUUCAUUGACGCUGGUUCUAACUUUGCCGGUACGGCAAUCGAUGAAGACAAUCUGGUUGCGCAAUUGCGCGCCGCAGGCAAGAACUUGGUUCAGCUUGGGGAUGACACCUGGCACGCACUUUUCCCCGGCUACUUCGAUCCUAAUCUAACUCGUGCGUUUGAUUCAUUUAAUGUCUGGGACUUGCACACCGUUGACAACGGCGUGACUGCAAACCUCCUCCCACUUCUGCAUCCUGAAAAUUCUACGAAAUGGGAUGUCAUCUUCGGUCAUUAUCUCGGUGUCGAUCACGCUGGCCACCGAUAUGGCCCGAACCAUCAAGCUAUGGCCGCAAAGCUCGAUGAGAUGGACCGGGUCAUUCGCGAAAUCAUCGCCAAACUCGAUGACAAAACGCUAUUGGUGGUGAUGGGUGAUCACGGCAUGGACUCCAAGGGAGACCACGGCGGUGAAUCCAAUGAUGAGGUCGAUGCGGCUCUAUGGAUGUACUCAAAAAGGGGCAUCUUCGGCCGCACAAGUGCAGAAACAGCCAAACCUCCCAUGCUCGCUCGCGAUCGCUUUGUCCCUCAGAUCGACCUUGUGCCCACGCUGUCCCUUCUUCUCGGAAUGCCUAUUCCCUUUAACAACCUCGGCUCGCCGAUCGAGGAGGCUUUCAUUGGGCCCAAGGGGAACGAUUGGAAGAACGUGAUGUCUGUGAACCGGUUGACUUCCGCUCAGAUUAAGAGAUAUCAGCGGGAGUACACAGCUUCGCGAGGUGCCGAGGACAGCCACCAAUCCCAGUCCGAGGACCUUUGGAGGGCGGCUGAAAACAGCUGGCAGAAGCUUCCUAGGAUCGGCCGGCCCAGUCAGGCAACUUUGCUUUCCGUUUCCGAGUCUUACAAGGACUAUCAACGAUACACUCUCCAGCUUUGUCGUUCGUUGUGGGCUAAAUUCGAUGUACCGAGCAUGCUCCAAGGUGUUGCGGUCCUUUCUGCCGGCAUUGUCUUGCUGGUGUUUUAUGCACGAAGCCUCAAAGCCGAUCAGACGGACAUUACCAAGUCUCUUCUUACUUCUGUUGGAACAAGCUCUGCUGUCGGUGUCGUCGUUGGUGCCUUUUUGUCGUUCUCGGGCUUUGCGGAGAUGCCAGUAGUCGAAUCAUCCGCUCUGUUGGCCGCCGCGGGAAGCAUAGUUGGCGCUUCAUGGACCAUUCUUGCCGGGUCGGCUGGUGUGUCCCUGCCUCUACCAAUCAGUCUCUGGGGCUGGUUGGCUGUUACCUUCACGCUCACGCAGUCCAUCGGAUUCGCCUCCAACUCCUACACAAUCUGGGAGGAUGAGAUUCUCCUGUUUUUCCUCUCCACCUUCGGUGUUCUUGCGGGCGUAUCCUCGAUGCGACAGAAAUCAACUGCCGACAGGGUUCUGGGCGUCUAUCACUCCAUCCUCUUCGUCAUCCUCGGAAGAAUUGCAUCUUUUUCUCGCUUGUGCCGCGAGGAGCAGAUGCCUUUUUGCCGUUCGACGUAUUACGCAUCUGCCACUUCUUCGACUUCUGCACCCUGGCAGCUCGCUGUACCAUUCCUUGUGGCGCUUAUCCUUCCCACUGUUGUACGGUCAUUUUAUGCCGGAUCCAAGUCUUACGAAGGCGCCGCUACUCUCUGGAUUGGUUUAGGGUUCCGACUGGGACUCUUCAUAACUUCCGUCUUCUGGGUGCUUGAGGGGGCUGAUGAUGGCGAGUGGCUGCCCUUGAGCAAGGAGACAUUGAAGUCAGUUAGGGUAUUCUUGGCCCAGCUCGUGCUAGCUCUCGCAUUUGCCGCUGGGACAACAGCCUUCAUCUAUUCCAAGCCUUGCAUCAGCAUUAAUGUCAGUCAAGGGAACGCGGAACCGGAAAGCAAAGGCAAAAACCUCGCGCCACCCCAGCCAGCAGGACGCACCACCGUUACGAUCCUCGGAUUUGGCAAUGUGCAUGGAACUCGCUACUUCCUCCUCGUGGUCAAUUUCUGUUUGGGGAUCAUCCUUCUGCAGAAACCCAUGGGUCAGGGUGCCAUGGGUCUUCUGCUUUGGCAAAUUCUCUCACUGCUAGAAAUUUUGGAUACCAAUGGUCUCGUCCUUGGCAAUUCAGCUAUUGGGCCGAUCGUUUUGGCUCUUCUCGGCUCUUUCUAUUACUUCAAGACUGGUCACCAGGCUACACUGAGCAGCAUCCAAUGGGAGACUGCCUUCAUCCCUCUCUCCUCCGUUCAAUAUCCAUGGUCUCCAAUUGUUGUGAUCCUCAAUACCUUCGGCGCACAAAUUCUUACUGCAAUCGCUGUUCCUCUCACCGUUCUCUGGAAACGCCCUCUCCAACUCAGCGACCAAUCCUCUUCGUCUCCGAAGUCCAACAACCCUUCGAUUAGGCUCCUCUCUGAUGUUGUGCGAGCCGAAUGCACCUACAUUCUCUACUUUGCGACUAUUAACCUGGCCACCACCAUGUGGGCUGGCCAUCUUCGCCGGCAUCUCAUGCUGUAUCGGAUCUUCAGCCCUCGUUUCAUGAUGGGAGCCGCCGUGCUAGGAGUCGUGGACAUUGUUCUCAUCGUUUUCUCCGUGGCUGGUGUGCGGUGGAGCACCUUGAGUGUAGGAGAGAUCUUUGGGUGGUAGUGAUCUCUUCUAGUUGAUGGCGGAUAUUAAUUCUCAGCCAUCCUGGCUUUCCUUUGUUUACUGCCAGAUGAUACCCGAAACGUGAGUCCCCUUGCCUAGCGUUCCGGCCUGAGGAAAUCUGUAAUUUAUGGUAUCCCCGUAUACCGUUCUUUUUUCAACUUUGGGGAUGCUUGGAUUGGUGAGGAAACUAGGCCGGAAACAUUCUACACCCUUCCUUAUAUUUUCUUUUAGCUUGCAUAUAUUUAUAUUCCUCGAAUAAUACAUAACUUUGAUC